AUGGUUCCGAUGGCAAAUCGGGAUAUGAUUCGCAGCACCCGCCACCUGGAACAAGCCAAGCGGCCACGCUCGCUUCAGCUUGGCAUCUGGAUGACACCCCAUGCAUUCAUGAACCGCAUGCGGCAUCUGAACAGCGGCAUUGGCAAUAUCCGCAAUUACAUCCUCACAUGCUUCCGCUACGCCAUUGAUGCGGGGGCAACAGGAAUCGUGCUUCCCCAGAUCAGAACACGCUCAGAGAAGGACCUCGCAAACCUCAUGCUAGAGUACCAGGGAUUCGACUACUUCUUUGACGAGGACCAUUUCCGUCAAAGCCUCAAAACCGCUUGCCCUCAAAUUACGCUUUACGACUCAACGGAUGACAUUCCACACGCUCCAGUACCUUACCGGGCCGAAAAGAUCACCCCCCGUAACUUUGGCAAGCGGGGAGGUUGUGACAAGCGGGAGCUUAACAAACACACCGGUCGUUUCGACAAACAGUUCUGGGAGUUCAUCAAGAACACAACCGAGCAAUUCAAGCUACCACCCCCGACCUUCCAAACCCCCCGCAUCAUCCGCUUCACCUGGGGCGUCCAAUGGGACUGGCCCGUCUUCCGCGACGGCCCGGAGUUCGUCGCCAGCUACGGGGGCCUUCUCCGAUUCCGCAAGGACAUCCUCGCCCUCGGCUACCGCGUCGUGACCUACAUGCGGCAGUUCUCGGACGACCACGCCGGGCACCGCGCUUUUGCGGGGCUUCACCUCCGCACCGAGAGCGAUGCGCUGAGCCGGUGGCCCAAGUUCGACGAGCAGAGCGGGGCCUACCUAAAGCAGGCCGGCGGCAUGGACUUCAAGGCGGCCUAUCUGGCGACGGGCAACAAGACCGAGGCUCGGAAACUGACCACGGCGGCGGCGGAACAGUACGGCAUGGCUGUCGUCACGAAGCAUGAGUUGUUGAGGGAGCACCCUUCUGAUUUGGCCGCGCUGGAGGCGCUGACUUGGGACCAGCAGGCGCUGAUUGACUUUAUUGUCUUGCUGGAGUGUGACUAUUUCUUAGGGGUCAGUCCCAGCUCGUUUAGUAUGAAUGUGGCUGGGAAACGACAUCUCAAGGCUGAGGGGUUGUACACACGGCCGUGGAGGAUCGGUGGGGAUGGAGAUGGCCGGAGCUGGCUCAUUGGAAGCUACGAGAAUUACUGGGAGGACUGGCUGUUUAUGUUUGAGUCCUUGUGGCCAUGA